GACAAAAUAUAUCCUUUCACAAAAACAAAACAUAUAAUUGCAGAGAACUAUACAAUUUGUGCUGGGUAAUUUCCAUUUUAUAUCGCUCCCGUAUAUAAUUCAUUAACUUGACCGUGUGCGCGAGAGAGACAGAGAGAGAGAUCGAGAGAGAGAUCUGAUCGAUGUCGAGAGCUAGGCGAGCAACACUACCUCCCGCACAGGAGAAUAUUGACAAGCUUGAUAAUAUUGUCAAACAAGGCAAUUCUUAUGGAGCUCAGCAAAUGUACAAAUCUAUUACUGCAAGAUAUGUGGCGGCCGAGAGGUAUUCUGAUGCGCUGGAAAUUUAUCAGGCCGGUGCCUGCGUCCAGUUAGAACAUGAGCAGGUCACUUGUGGGGCUGAGCUUGCAGUGCUUCUAGUGGAAACCCUUGUGAAAGGGAAAUUUCCUUACGGUGAAGAUACUCUUGAACGCAUCAGAAGAAUCUACGAAAAGUUUCCUCGUAUUCCUGUAACACAUAAUUUGGAUAUGUCUGAUGAUGACAUGCAACGAGUUCAUGAAGCUCUUGGGGCAGCAAAAACACGUGUUGAGUGUUGCUCGUCUUUUCUCAAAGCUGCAAUUAGGUGGUCCACAGAAUUUGGAGCUCAGAGGAAUGGAUCUCCAGAGAUACAUGACAUGCUUGCUGAAUAUAUAUAUUCUGAAUCCCCUGAGGUGGACAUGGCAAAAGUUUCUUUUCAUUUUGUUCGAGGGAAAGAUCUUGAGAAGUUUGCUUCAACUCUUGUAAAUUUUACUGGCAAGUGCUACCCUGGUGAAGAUGAUAUGGCAAUUGCACGGGCAGUUUUACUGUAUUUAUCAUUAGGUAACCUGGGAGAUGCUAAUGAUCUUGUGGAUGAAGUCCAGAAACAAAUGCAAGAUAAGGAGCUUGACUAUCCGCAUUCAGAGCUGAUUGAGUUUAUAAAUUACCUCUUAGAAACGUUGCAGAGAGAUGCCUUGCCGCUAUUUAAUAGAUUGAGACAGACUUAUGCUUCCAGUUUAGAUCGAGAUCCUGCACUAAAUGAGUUGCUUGAUGUUGUUGCAGAGAAGUUCUAUGGAGUACGACGUAGAAACCCAAUGCAGGAUAUGUUCGGAGAUAUCUUUAAGAUGAUGGGAGGUGAUGUCAUGUGAAGGACCAUUUCAAAUUGACCAGCACAGAAUUACUUUGCAAUGCCAUUUCGAUCUAUGCAGAAGCAUGUCCAGAAGAGGGACAUACAUGAACAAAAGCAGAUCCCUGUUGUAUUCUGCUAUAUUUACAUGAAAUACUAGAUAAUUCGUUCACAGUAUAACAAAUUUUGAUAGCAAGAUGCAUUUUAGUGAUGGAAUAGUACAUUACAUUUAGUUGGAAAUUUAUGUUCUUUAAUCUAGAGCAUUGAAUGAGUUUCUCACUA